GAAGAUGGAAGUGCAUAUUUAGGGAGUAAGGAUGACUCUUUUCUUGCAUUGGCAAUGGCAUAGAAUAUGAUGGGGUGAAGAAAGCGUUUUGCCCAUUGGACCUUUUCUCUUACUAUGUAAAUUGCAGGAAUGUCAGACCUUAAAAAUGUUUUCUAUUUCUCUCUCAUCUUUCUAACUCUUUCUACACCAAUUUGCCUUCCUCCAACGUCUUUUGGGCUGCAAAGUCACGUAGUUUCCUUCAGAAUGUGGCUUCUUUUGCAUUGUCUUCUUACACACUCAAGAAUAAAGGGCUAUUCUCUGUUUCUUCUCCUUCUCUCUGCUAUGAAUGAGAUUUCUUUUUGUUUUAUGAAUUGUUGAGGUUGUGGGGGUUCUGGGGUGGCAUUGACUACUGAAAUAAAGUGGGUUUGGACUUUGGAGUGACAUUUUUGGGUUUGGGGGAUUGGAAGUAUGCAUUUGGUGUGUGAUCUGGAAGUAGAUGUCAAUGGGGAGCAGACCUUUUUGGUGGACAAGAAAAUUCUAUCAUCUUUCUCAGCUAAACUGAGCAAAUUGUUCAAUAACUCUGCAACAACAGUGAGCCACCAUAGUUCCCAGUCUAUGAAAGUCAUCCUUCAUGACUUACCUGGCGGUCCAGAGGCCUUUGAGCUAAUGUCGAGCUUCUGUUACAACAAUGGCAGGGCACCCAUUUCCCCUUCUAAUGUUUGCUUGCUUCACGUGGGGGGCCACUACAUGGAAAUGACUGACGAAGUCGCUCCCUGCAAUUUAAUCAAACAAACAGAUCGAUUCCUUGAGACAAUGAUAUACUGGACUUGGCCUGAAAUUUUUGUGGCAAUCAAACAGUGCUAUCUUCGCUUAAAUGGCCCCGCUUCAUCGAUGGUGCUCAAGAAAUGUAUCGAUGGUUUGCUUCAACGGAUCGCUUCUACAAGUGAUAUGUGCACCUCUGGUUCUUCUCCUGAGAGCUCUAAUUUCCGAUUCUCUUGUGAUACCAAGAGCUCUGAGAGUGCCAAAUAUAGUUUCAGACCUUGGUGGUUCAAAGAUCUGUCGCUUCUGAGCCCUAACAUUAUCGAGACCAUAGUCCAGACCAUGAUUUCAAGGAAUUUUGAUCAAUUAUGUCUUGCAAAAUUCCUCUUUUUCUGUGUCACAACUAGGUUUGCAAUGUCAAAUUCAGUGCAAAAGAGGGAUCUAGUAGAGACUGUAGUUAGGCUACUUUAUUUACUUGAGAGACGGUCUGUUUCAUGCAAAGGGCUCUUUGGAAUUCUCAGAGUGAGUUCCAACAUAGGUAUCAGUAAGAGUUGCAGGUAUGAAUUGGAGACCAUGAUUGGUUCAUUGCUUGAUCAAGCCACAAUGGAUAACCUGCUCUUUCCCUCUCCUCCAGGAAGUAGUUAUCUCUAUGAUGUCAACUUGGUCUCGAGGUUCUUGAAAUCGUUUCUUUCUAGCCAUCAUGUUUCUCUCACUGGAUUGAAGACGGUGGGGAGCUUGAUGGACAAAUACAUAACGGAGGUUGCUCCCGACUCUAAUUUGAGACCCGCAAAGUUUGUAGCUCUCAUUAAAGCCCUGCCAGAUGCAGCAAUAGACUCUUACGAUGGGAUUUACAGAGCCUUAGACAUGUAUUUUGAGGUGCAUGGAAGGUUGUCUGAAGAAGAAAAGAUAAAGAUUUGCAUAGUAUUGAACUAUGAAAAGUUGUCAUUAGAAGCAUGUAAGCAUCUAGCUCAAAACUCCAAAUUCCCAUCAAGAACUGCCCUUCAAGCCCUGGUUUCUCAGCAAUGUAAGCUUAAGAGCUUACUCAGUAAUGGUGGUUAUCUUAAAUCUGGCUCCAGUUCUCCAUGCAUUUAUAGAAAUAAGGGAAUCAAGGGUGUAGACAAUUAUAGCAAGGAGCAAAUCGUUUUUUAUGCAAAGAAGGUGGACCUCUCGACAGAGAAUGAAGAGCUAAGAGCCCAUCUAAACGGGAUGCAAUUGAGGGUAAUGGAAUUGGAGAAGAUAUGCAGAAAAAUGCAGAUUCAAAUGUCAAAGAUUGUGAAGAAAACAUUACCAAGCCCAGGAAGUGGAGGAUCACUGCCCAAACUUUGCUCAUGAUAACAUGUAAUUCUUUUUCUUGUUUAUUUAUUUUUUGUAUAAUAUUGGUGAUUGGGUUUUGUAAAUGUAUCAGAUUUCUUUACUGAAAAAUAAUGACAUGUU